AUGGCGAAUGGUCUCUGCAACAUAGCUGCACUCCAGGAUAAGGCUGCACUCCAGGAUAAGGCUGCACUCCAGGAUAAGGCUGCACUCCAGGAUAAGGCUGCACUCCAGGAAAAGGCUGCACUCCAGGAAAAGGCUGCACUCCAGGAAAAGGCUGCACUCCAGGAAAAGGCUGCACUCCAGGAAAAGGCUGCACUCCAGGAAAAGGCUGCACUCCAGGAAAAGGCUGCACUCCAGGAAAAGGCUGCACUCCAGGAAAAGGCUGCACUCCAGGAAAAGGCUGCACUCCAGGAAAAGGCUGCGCUCCAGGAAAAGGCUGCGCUCCAGGAAAAGGCUGCGCUCCAGGAAAAGGCUGCGCUCCAGGAAAAGGCUGCGCUCCACGAAAAGGCUGCGCUCCAGGAAAAGGCUGCGCCCCAGGAAAAGGCUGCGCCCCAGGAAAAGGCUGCGCCCCAGGAAAAGGCUGCACUCCAGGAAAAGGCUGCACUCCAGGAAAAGGCUGCACUCCAGGAAAAGGCUGCACUCCAGGAAAAGGCUGCACUCCAGGAAAAGGCUGCACUCCAGGAAAAGGCUGCACUCCAGGAAAAGGCUGCACUCCAGGAAAAGGCUGCACCCCAGGAAAAGGCUGCGCCCCAGGAAAAGGCUGCGCCCCAGGAAAAACUGCGCACCAGGAAAAGGCUGCACCCCAGGAAAAGGCUGCACUCCAGGAAAAGGCUGCACUCCAGGAAAAGGCUGCACUCCAGGAAAAGGCUGCACUCCAGGAAAAGGUUGCACUCCAGGAAAAGGCUGCACCCCGAGUGA